AUGUCAAUUGUGUCGUUAACAGGCAUAGAAGUGCUAAACAACCCCGCCAAAUUCACCGACCCCUACGAGUUCCAAAUCACAUUCGAGUGUCUAGAACCACUAAAGGAAGACUUGGAAUGGAAGUUGACCUACGUGGGCUCAUCGGAUUCGCUCGAUCACGAUCAGGAAUUAGAUCUGAUACUCGUUGGUCCCGUCCCCGUUGGAGUUAAUUCGUUCUUAUUUGCUGCUGAUGCACCGAGUCCCGAGUUGAUACCAGCUAGUGAAUUAGUGAGCGUCACCGUGAUAAUAUUGAGUUGUUCUUACAAUGAGAGGGAGUUUGUGCGCGUUGGCUACUACGUGAAUAACGAGUAUGAUUCGGAGGAGUUGAGGGAGAAUCCGCCUGCUAAGGUGCAAGUUGACCAUGUGGUUAGGAAUAUCUUGGCUGAAAAGCCGAGGGUCACGAGGUUUAACAUCGUGUGGGAUAAUGAGGGUGCCGCGGAUGAGUAUCCUCCCGAGCAAGAAGAGGAGGAGGAGGAAGAAGAGGAGGAGGAAGAAGAGGAAGAAGAAGAGGAAGAGAUGGAGGAGGAUGAGGAGGAGGAAGAAGAAAAAAUAAACGAGGGUGAUGAAGGGGAUGAGGAAAUCGAAGAGGACGAGGAUGAAGAAGAAGAAGUAGAUAUCGAAGAAGAAGAAGAAGAAGAAGGUGACGACGAUGUGGAAGUGGACUUGGCGGACGAAGCUGAUGAGAUAACGACUUUAAAUGAUAAAGAUGAAGAUACACGGAGCAACGGCAAAGUUGGAUCUGAGCCCACCGAGGCCAGCAAAGACGAGAGUGAUAAUAUCGAAGUAGCAACUCCAAAGGACUCGUGA